CAGAAAACAACCGAUACCUAUUAAAUACGGAUGAUAUUCGGAUAGAGUAUGGGAUUAUCGGCAAGUGUCAAAGCAACAGUAAAUGUGAAUGCACUGCCUUGAAAUAUACAAUAUCUUUUUUAGACAAUAUUCGUAAAAUUGGAGGAUAUAUUAGUCCUUAACUUCGCGACCCCUAUAAGGGUUUACCCCAAAAAUUGAAAAACUAUAUAAAUCGGCAAAUUCCUUGGAAGUAAAAACUUAAUAAAAUACCUCUUUAUUUAAGUCCGAAACUCAAUUGAUAUUUAAAUAUGUCUUUACCUCCAUUAGAUAAAUCUAUUUUCCCUGCCUUACCAUCUACUCCUAAAUUAGUACCUGUUUUUGUUUUUAAUUUAAGAGUUGAAGAAGCUAUUCCAGUACUUGCAAAUAAAGCUACUGAUUCAAGUUUAACUUUAGCUCGAGUUGUUAAUGGUGAAGUCGUUACUGUUAAGAAUGAUUUAGGUUUAGAAUUUGAUGUUAAAGAUAUUACUGGUUUUGAUGAUUUAGUUGGAACAACUUCAAGAAAUGUAACACAUUUAGAUUGUAAAUUAUAUGGUAGUACAGCCAAUGGAGCUGGAGUUUAUAUUACUUAUCCAGGUGUAGUUAGGACAUUACCUGUAAGUACAAAUGUUCUCACUGGUGCUGCAAAGCAUGCAGAAAUUGAAGAUGGUUAUGUCACAUGUAAUCCACGUUUUAGACUUAGUGAUGGAGUUGAAGAAAAGUUUAAAUGGGUUCUUGAUGAAAACUUUAUUGGUAAAGGUAGAUUUGAAAGAGAUGGAGCUGGAUAUCUUUACGUUCAAUAUUAUAUUUAUAUUUUACGUUAAUUUUCAAGU